AUGUUGAAGAAGGAGGUGGACGCUUCGGACGAACAAAGAUUUCUAAACAAACUGCUUGUAAGCGAGCUCAAAAAACAGUUGGCUGAGCGGGAAUCUAUACAGGAAAAAUUGGAAAGACAGAGAGAUGAAUUUAAAGCAGCAUGCGAGCUGGCCCAACAACAAGGAAAAUUAUUCACUAACGCAACCUUACUGCAGUUGUUGGAGUCGGAAGUAGUUAAGUUAGAAGAACGCGACAAAGCGGAGAGAUUUGAACUGAACCGGCAACUGUACACUCAAAAACUUGAACUGGAGAAGUUGCAGAGGAAAAAUGAUAAGAUUUAUGUAUUAUAUCAAGAAACUUUGGCGAAUAAAAGAGCGCUAGAAACAAAAAUGGAAGUGAUGGAGUAUUACAGAGAGAAAAUAACGCGUCUAGGCAAAGAGUGCAUUCAAAAAGAAACGGAGCUGCACGGUUUUAUAUUGAAAAUGUUUGAUCGUUUGUCUAAAUUGUAG